UUUUUCAUAACCAAAAUACAUAUUCAACCUAUCACCAUUCUCAUUUUUCAGUACGAUUCCGUAUUACAGCAUUGCAUCAAGUCGCGCCAUCACGCUAAUUUUUUAAAUCCCAAGUCAUAAAAUCGUUUUUUUUUUGUGAAAUUUGUUUGUAUUUCGUGUAAACCAAACGACGAAAUGGCCAGACGUGGACGUUCUCCAUCACCCGCACCCAGAAGGUCAUCAGUCCCUGCUAGAACACAACAGCGUGCACCAGCGCCACAAGCUCAACCAACACAAGUAGCACAAGCGCCACAAGCUCAACCUCAACAACCAGGAUUAUUUGCCCAAAUGGCUGCCACUGCUGGAGGUGUUGCUGUUGGUUCUGCCAUUGGUCACACUGUUGGUCAUGCAGUUACUGGAAUGUUCGGGGGUGGUGGUUCCCGGGAUGAGGUACAGCCUCAAGUUCAACAACCAUCGGUAAUGCCAAUGGAGCAGAGUAGCCAGCAAGGUGGAGCAUGUGCUUUUGAAGUCAAACAGUUUUUGCAGUGUGCACAAAACAAUGAUGAUAUUUCUUUGUGUUCUGGAUUUAACGAGGCUAUUCGUCAAUGCAAGGAAGCUAACCGUUUAAUGUAAUUAAGAUAACUGAUUUAUGAAAAUUGAAAGAGUAGUUGCAAAAUUAUUAUAAACAAUGUACUUUUUAUGUUAAAAUAUAGAAUCAGUACUUUACAAGUUUGUUUUUUACAUUAGUUAUAUAUUAUUAUACAAAAUCUAUAGGUCAAUGAAAUGUUAUUUUUUUUAGGAAUGUUUAGUUUUUGUAUGCUUAUUGUAAGUUAUAAUUAAAAAACAAAAAAUGAUAAUUAUAAUAAACAAUAUUAUAAUUUGA